CUGAUUUGUUAACCAUCACUAGAAGUUAUAUCAUUAUAACAUUCAUUAUGGAAGCUCAAGAAAUGGACGCUUUAUUAUCGGGUCAUAUAUAUGGCCAGCCUUAUAUGCCGCAAAAUGUUCCUCAAUUCGUAUUUCUUGUAAAGUCACUUUUCAAACUUAAAUUAAACUCGUGGCGACUCUGGUUUGUGGAGGAAAUAUAUCAUUCAAAUGAGUUCCCAUUCAACUUAUUCCCGAUUUUAUGUACAUUCAUAGUUACAUGGUGGCUUUUGGGGUACUUCAAAAAUGCAGUAAGAACCAUUAGAGGGUAUGGAAUAGUUACAUGUAUACAGAUGGUAUACAAGAAGAUAGCUAGUUAUCUAUUCAAAAUUGUUUUAUCAUUACCACCACUCAAAAAUAAAGUUGACUCUGAAGUUGCAUCUACAACCAUUAAAAUUGAAUCUGAUAUCAUCAGAAACUCUCCCAACUUACUUCAAUUCCCAGGACUUCCAAAAACUGGAAUUUCCAAAGAUGCCGUGCUUUCCGAACUUGAAUCACUCCAUGAUCUCAAACAUACAGACUGGGCUCGUGGUAGAGUUUCAGGUGCAGUUUAUCAUGGUGGUGAGGAUCUUACAACUCUCCAGACUCAGGCAUAUCAUAAAAACUCGGUGGCAAAUCAACUUCAUCCAGAUGUAUUCCCUGGAGUAAGAAAAAUGGAAGCCGAAGUCGUGUCAAUGGUUCUUAAAAUAUUCAAUGCACCUGAAACUGGUUGUGGUUCAUCCACUUCUGGUGGUACAGAAUCGCUUCUUUUAGCUGGUUUGGCUGCUAGAGAGUAUGGGAAAAGAUAUAAGGGAAUUCAUAAACCGGAAAUUAUUGCCCCCGUUACCAUUCAUGCUGGUAUUGAAAAAGCUUGCUAUUACUUUGGUAUGAAAUUACACAAGGUUAAAUUGGAUCCGACGACUUUCCAAGUGGAUAUCCCUCUGGUGAAACGAUUGAUUAACAGUAACACGGUUUUAUUGGUCGGGUCAGCUCCAAACUUCCCUCAUGGAAUCAUUGAUGACAUUGAAGAACUCUCAAAGCUCGCAGUAAAGUAUAAAAUCCCACUCCAUGUUGAUGCAUGUUUAGGAUCAUUCAUUGUUACCUUCCUUGAAAAAUCAAAGGUUCAUGGAGAUUCCCCAAUUCCUAAAUUUGACUUUAGAUUACCAGGGGUUACUUCCAUCUCUUGUGACACUCAUAAAUAUGGGUUUGCUCCAAAGGGUUCUUCCAUUAUCAUGUACAGAGACCCCAAGCUUCGUGAAUGUCAAUAUUAUGUUCUGACUGACUGGACUGGUGGUAUGUAUGGAUCUCCAACUCUUGCAGGGUCAAGACCAGGAGCAUUGAUGGCUGGUUGCUGGGCAACCCUAGUAAGUAUUGGGGAAAAGGGAUAUUCUGAUUCAUGUUUUGAUAUUGUUAGUGCGUCUAUGAAAUUAAAGAAUGUCAUUAGACUGGAUCCUGUUCUUUCUAAAAGAUUAGAUGUCAUUGGUGAACCUAUCGGAUCAGUUAUUUCUUUCAAAAUUGCUGAUUCAUCUUCCAAAUUACUCAAUAUCUACACGUUAGGUGAUUUGCUAACUAAGAAGGGAUGGCACUUCUCUACACUUCAAAGUCCUGCUGCAUUGCACUUUGCUCUUACUAGACUUACAGUUCCUAUUAUUGAUGAAUUAAUUGAAGAUUUAGUGAAUACAGUUGAAGAAUUGGUUGCAGAAUCAGAAAAAUCCAAUGAAAAGAUCCCUGAGAGUGAAAUUGGAGCGCUCUAUGGAGUUGCCGGAAGUGUCCAAACUGCUGGUGUCGCCGAUAGACUCAUUGUGGCAUUCUUAGAUUCCCUUUACAAAAUAUAAA